AGACUCUUGGCCAAAUAUAGGGUUCAUCUCUUACUUCUUCUCUUCCGAAUGUAAAACAUACAGUUUGACCAAUAAAAUCCAAAAAUAUCGUGUAUAAAUCUAAUUCCUUCUUUCUCUCUUACUCUCCCUCUUUCUGCCUUUUGCAUCUUCCGAUACGGCAUCUUCCGAUACGGCAUCUUCAUCCUCUAGUUACGUUGCGCUGCCAUAGACUUGAACUUGUAGAUAGUUGAGCGACUCUUUUGCACCGUUGAAAAUGGAUAUUGAUACUGAAUUCGACAAAAUGAACAUCAAAUCUGCAGAUGAAGGUUUAUCCAUGCAGUUGGAUUCGAAGGGAGCUCUUGGGGAAAAAGAGGAGCUUUCUGAAUCAAUGGACAAGCUAAACAUUAAGCAAUCACCAUCUGAACAGGCUGGGUCUUCCUCAAUAACCUUUAAAAGAAAACCGGUCGUUAUCAUUGUUGUUGGAAUGGCAGGAAGUGGGAAAACAACUUUUCUUCAUAGGUUGAUUUCCCACACACAAGCUACAAAUAUUCGUGGUUACGUACUCAACCUUGAUCCUGCUGUGAUGACUCUUCCAUUUGGUGCAAAUAUUGACAUAAGGGAUACUGUUCGGUACAAGGAAGUCAUGAAGCAGUUUAAUCUUGGACCUAAUGGUGGAAUUCUGACAUCAUUAAACUUGUUUGCUACAAAGUUUGAUGAGGUCGUUUCAGUUAUUGAGAAGCGAGCAAAUCAGCUUGAUUAUGUUCUGGUGGAUACACCUGGUCAAAUUGAGAUAUUCACUUGGUCUGCUUCUGGUGCUAUCAUUACAGAAGCUUUUGCUUCAACAUUUCCAACUGUAAUUGCUUAUGUAGUUGAUACACCUCGUUCGUCGAGCCCGACUACUUUCAUGAGCAAUAUGUUGUAUGCUUGUAGCAUACUCUAUAAGACACGGUUGCCUCUUGUGUUGGCAUUCAACAAGACAGACGUGGCUCAGCACCAGUUUGCUUUGGAGUGGAUGGAAGAUUUUGAAGCUUUUCAAGCUGCUGUUAGUUCAGAUCACUCGUAUUCUUCCACUUUAACUCAAAGUCUUUCCCUUGUGCUUGAUGAAUUCUAUAAAAACCUAAAGUCUGUUGGAGUCUCUGCUGUUUCUGGAGCUGGAAUGGAGGCCUUCUUUAAGGCUGUUGAGGCAAGCGCCGAGGAGUAUAUGGAAACCUACAAGGCUGAACUUGAUAAGAGACGGGAAGAGAAACAACGUUUGGAGGACGAACGCCGGAGAGAGAGCAUGGAAAGGUUGAGGAAAGAUAUGGAGAAAUCCAAGGGAGAAACUGUGGUCUUGAGCACUGGUUUGAAGGACAAAGAAGCUAGUAGAGAUGCAAUGAUGGAUGAGGAAGAGGAGGAAGAGGAAGAUGAUGACUUGGAGAGAUAUACUGAAGAUGAAGAUGUUAUAGAUGAGGAUGAGGAUGAAGAUGAAGAUGAAGAAGUUGGCAGGUUCUCCUUUUAGUGCAACUGUUUUAUAGUCACAAGUUUCUCUAGGCAACUUCAUUUUGGAACUUCUGUAUGCACUGGUAAUUGUGCAGUAGAAUCAUUAACUUGACAAAUUGUAAUACGUUUAGAAGUGCACAUAUGUUUCCCACCAGAGGGGGUAAAUAGAGUGCUUUUUGGAACAAGAGAAGUAUUUGCACCGGACGCCCAUAAAUGGUGGCUCAUUUUGCUUCUGUAAUCUAAUUUUCAUCAAUGCAAGUGUUACAUGUCGUAUUA